CCACUGUAUAUUAAUUGGUGCAUGUGACAAUAAAUGCGGACUUGAACUUGAACAGGGUGUGGUAGUCCAGCAGGUAAAGCAGACCGGCCCGGGUACUGGCUCUUGCUUUCACUUCCUCAGUGGGUUGGGCCACACACACACACACACAGAGCAAAAGUCACGAUCAAGCUAUUUUGGUGCUUAAUCAUUCAACGGGAGACUGUGAAGGAGAAUGAGAUGAUCCACAACAAAGGCCAGGCAGGCAGGUUGAUGGCGACUACCGGCUGAGUUCAGCAGGAGAGAGGUGUCGAAGCGGUGGUCUUGAGUGGAAACUGGCAUGGUUCCCUUUAAAAGCUGGCUGCUGCUGUUGCUGCCACUGAUUUCAACACUGGAAAUUGUUUGCAGUCAAAAUGUUACAGAUCCAGCUCCAGUGACUGGACUGUUUGUGGUGGACAGGACAACAGAUUCGUUAAGGAUUCAAUGGACGGCACCAAAUGAUACAACAGCCUCGGAUUACACCUACAACGUUACAGUCACUAAUUUUGCUAGCGGUGUUGGUUUGACCACUAGCACGGGUAAAAACGAGACAACAUUCACAGCGACAGGGCUGCAACCUGGGGAUCAAUACGAGCUGUCGGUGCGGUCAGUCACACCUGGGAACAUACCGAGCACACCUGUGGAGGUGACCAGCACCACAAAUCCCUCUACAGUGACUGGACUGUCUGUGGUGAACAGGACAACAGAUUCGUUAAGGAUUGAGUGGAUGCAACCGGCUGAUACAAGAGCCUCGAAUUACACCUACAACGUUACAGUCACUAAUGUUGCUGGCGGUGUUGGUUGGACCAAUAGCACGAGUAAAGGCGAGACAACAUUCACAGCGACAGGGCUGCAACCUGGGGAUCAAUACCAGCUGUUGGUGCGGUCAGUCACACCUGAGGACACACUGAGCACACCUGCGCAGGUGACGAACACCACAAAUCCCUCUCCAGUGACUGAACUCCUUGUGGCGAACAGGACAACACAUUCGUUAAGGAUUGAAUGGACGGCACCGGCUGAUACAAGAGCCACUAACUACACCUAUAUCGUUACAGUCACUAAUGGUACUGGUGGUGCUAGUUCCACCACUAUCAAGAGGCACGGCGGGACAACAUUCACAGCGACAGGGCUGCUUCCUGGGGAUCAAUACCAGCUGUCGGUGCGGUCAGUCACACCCGAGGACACACGGAGCACACGUGUGGAGGUGACCAGCACCACAAAUCCCUCUACAGUGACUGGACUGUCUGUGGUGAACGGGACAACAGAUUUGUUAAGGAUUGAGUGGAUGCAACCGGAUGAUACAAGAGCCUCGGAUUACACCUACAACGUUACAGUCACUAAUGUUGCUGACGGUGUUGGUUCGACCAAGAGCACGGGUAAAGGCGAGGUAGCAUUCACAGCGACAGGGCUGAAACCUGGGGAUCAAUACCAGCUGUCGGUGCGGUCAGUCACACCUGAGGACACACUGAGCACACCUGCGCAGGUGACGAACACCACAAAUCCCUCUCCAGUGACUGAACUCCUUGUGGCGAACAGGACAACACAUUCGUUAAGGAUUGAAUGGAAGUCACCGGCUGAUACAAGAGCCACUAACUACACCUAUAUCGUUACAGUCACUAAUGGUACUGGUGGUGCUAGUUCCACCACUAUCAAGAGGCACGGCGGGACAACAUUCACAGCGACAGGGCUGCUUCCUGGGGAUCAAUACAAGCUGUCGGUGCAGUCAGUCACACCUGAGGACACACUGAGCACACGUGUGGAGGAGACCAGCACCACAAAUCCCUCUACAGUGACUGGACUGUCUGUGGUGAACGGGACAACAGAUUCGUUAAGGAUUGUGUGGAUGCAACCGGCUGAUACAAGAGCCUCGAAUUACACCUACAACGUUACAGUCACUAAUGUUGCUGGCGGUGUUGGUUGGACCCAGAGCACGAGUAAAGGCGAGGUAGCAUUCACAGCGACAGGGCUGAAACCUGGGGAUCAAUACCAGCUGUUGGUGCGGUCAGUCACACCUGAGGACACACGGAGCACACCUGAGCAGGUGACCAGCACCACAAAUCCCUCUACAGUGACUGGACUGUCUGUGGUGAACGGGACAACACAGACGUUAAGUAUUGAAUGGACGACACCAAAUAAUACAAGAGCCUCGAAUUACACCUACAACGUUACAGUCACUAAUGUUGCUGGCGGUGUUGGUUGGACCCAGAGCACGAGUAAAGGCGAGACAACAUUCACAGCGACAGGGCUGCAACCUGGGGAUCAAUACCAGCUGUUGGUGCGGUCAGUCACACCUGAGGACACACGGAGCACACCUGUGGAGGUGACAAGUACCACAAAUCCCUCUCCAGUGACUGGACUGUCUGUGGUGACCAGGACAACACACUCGUUAAGUAUUGAAUGGACGACACCAAAUAAUACAAGAGCCUCGAAUUACACCUACAACGUUACAGUCACUAAUGUUGCUAGCGGUGUUGGUUGGACCCAGAGCACGAGUAAAGGCGAGAUAACAUUCACAGCGACAGGGCUGCAACCUGGGGAUCAAUAUCAGCUGUUGGUGCGGUCAGUCACACCUGAGGACACACGGAGCACACCUGCACAGGUGACAAGCGCCUCGAAUCCCUCUCCAGUGACUGGACUGUCUGUGGUGAUUGGGACAACAGAUUCGUUAAGGAUUGAAUGGAUGACACCAAAUAAUACAAGAGCCUCGAAUUACACCUACAACGUUACAGUCACUAAUGUUGCUGGCGGUGUUGGUUGGACCAAGAGCACGAGUAAAGGCGAGGUAGCAUUCACAGCGACAGGGCUGCAACCUGGGGAUCAAUACCAGCUGUUGGUGCGGUCAGUCACACCUGAGGACACAUGGAGCACACCUGCACAGGUGACAAAAACCACAAAUCCCUCUCCAGUGACUGGACUGUCUGUGGUGAACGGGACUACACAGUCGUUAAGGAUUGAAUGGACGACACCAAAUAAUACAAGAGCCUCGGAUUACACCUACAACGUUACAGUCACGAAUGUUGCUGGCGGUGUUGGUUUGACCACUAUCACGAGUAAAGGCGAGACAACAUUCACAGCGACAGGGCUGCAACCUGGGGAUCAAUACCAGCUGUUGGUGCGGUCAGUCACACCUGAGAACACACGGAGCACACCUGUGGAGUUGACAAGCACCUCGAAUCCAUCUCCAGUCUCUGGGUUGACCGUGAUCAACACGACAACGGUGUCAAUGGAAGUAGCAUGGGCAGCGCCCACGGAUGCAAGAGCCCCGGAGUACACGUACAGGAUUACACUCACCAACGUUACCCGUAGUGGCCGCGCGGCUAUCGACACAGGUCCGGGCGUGACAACCUUCACGGUGACUAGGCUGGUCCCUGGCGUACAAUACCAGCUGAUGAUGCAGUCAGUCACCCCUGGAGGCACACUGAGUUCCCCUGAGACCGUGGUUAACUCCACAAUUCCUGCCGCUAUAUCUGACUUCCAGUGCUCAGGAAGUACAGGGUACACGGUGGAGACGAAAUGGAGCCAACCAAACGGCCAGUUCAGCAUGUUCAAAGCCUCCACCUAUGAUGGUGACCAAUUAAUCAGCAACCAAGUCCUUGGGAAGGAGGAGAGAAGCCUGACAGUGGACAACCUGCAGCCAGGACGAACGUAUACACUCACCAUCGUCACCGAGAGUGGGAAGACAUCCAGCCAACAGAUGACCACAAAUUGCCAAACCAGCUUUAAUCCCAUUAUCAUUGGAGCCACGAUUGGCUCGUUACUGGGCUUGAUCCUGAUUGGCAUCCUGGUGUUCUUCAUCAUCCGUAAAAGCCGGCAGCAGAGGAAGCAACAGGAUCCGAAACUGUCAUCAAUGUACAGCCUUCCGACAGCAUUCAAGCCCGUCCCUGUGAGUGAAUACAAGAGUUACUUCCAGCGUAAGCACGCUGACACAGACAUUGGCUUUGCGGAAGAAUAUCAGAACCUGGCAAAUGUUGGUACAAACCAGCCUAAAGAAGCGUUCCAAGUCCCAGAUAACAAAGUCAAGAACCGAUACACUAACAUCUUCCCAUACGAUGUCACUCGCGUUAAGCUUGACCGCCAGCCUGAUAGCAGCUCUUCCGACUACAUCAAUGCAAGCUAUAUGCCUGGCUACCAUCUGGAUAAGGCGUUCAUUGCCGCCCAGGGACCCCUGCCGAAUACAGUGGUGGAUUUCUGGCGAAUGGUUUGGGAGCAGAAGACCAAGGUCAUCGUCAUGCUGACCAACUGCGUGGAACAAAAUCGGGUGAAAUGUGAACGUUACUGGCCAAUGGACAUGUCCUCCUGCCUCUACGGGGACAUUGUGGUGAAUAUCGUUUCAGAAGAAACCUCACCCGAGUGGACAAUCAGGAAAUUCAACGUGAAGAAGACUGGAUGCACGGAGCCACGCACCAUCACGCAGUUCCACUUCACCUCCUGGCCUGACCACGGUGUUCCGAAGACCACAGAUAAACUCCUGCAGUUCCAGCGGAUGAUGCGAGAUUACUUGAACAAAAAUCGGGCUGGACUCCCUGUGGUACAUUGUAGCGCGGGAGUUGGGCGUACUGGCACUUUAAUAGCCCUCGACUACCUGCUCCAACGGAUAGAGAAGGAGGCAGUGGUCGAUGUUUAUGGGAUUGUCCAUAACAUGAGGAUGAGUCGAACCUGCAUGGUCCAAACUGAGAAUCAGUACAUCUUCCUACACCAGUGCGUUCUGGACGUGAUUGGUGACAAAUCCAUCGACGAGCCCAUCUACGAGAAUCAGACGGACCUCAUCUAUGAGAAUGUCAACGCAAUCAAAGUCGCCAACAAUCACCGCGUUUGAUGUCAGAGUCGGCCCACUCUUCCCUCCAGCCACGUUGCCAUGGAUACUGGGCCUUGCAGCCGCCUCUGUGCCUUUCUCCGUCGUUGUACCGCCAACUCUGAUCCAGCGUCUCUCUCCCAGUCUUCUGAGGACUCUCGGGAUUCCAUUACACCAUCACCAUGUGUGUGUGUGUGCGUGUGCGCAAGUGUGUGUGUAUGUGCAUGUGUGUGUGAGGGUGAGUGUGUGUGCGUGUGCAUGUGCGCGUGUGUGUGUACACAUGUGUGUGCGCGUGCGUGUGUGUGUAUACGCGUGUGUGUGGCUGUCCACCUGAUUAGAUAGUACCUCGUCCUCACCUUAUCCCUCAGCUGACAAUGAUCUACUUGUAGGAAGGUCGACAAAAGUGCUGGAGAAACUCAGCGGGUGAGGCAGCAUCUAUGGAGCGAAGGAAAUAGGUUCCUUCUUCAGACUGAAGGGUCUCGACCCGAAAUGUCACCUGUUCCUUCGCUCCAUAGAUGCUGCCUCACCCGCUGAGUUUCUCCAGCAUUUUUGUCUACCUUCGAUUUUCCCAGCAUCUACAGUUCCUUCUUAAACAUACUUGUAGGAAGGAACUGCAGAUGCUGUUUUAAACCAAAGAUAGACACAAAAAAGCUGGAGUAACUCAGCGGGUGAGGCAGCAUCUCUGGAGAGAAGGAAUGGGGACACUGCAGCUCGAGGCCUUUCUUCAGACUGAUCUAUUGUACACUUCCCUUGAACUUUGUCCCCUUUGAUCUCUUGUUUUCACACCUUACCCUUCCAUAUCUCUUGUUUCCCCUCUCCACCCGGACACUCAGUCUGAAGAAGGGUCUCGGCCCGAGACGACACCCAUUCCUUUCCGGGGUUUAGUUUAGUUCAGAGAUACAGCGUGGAAACAGGCCCUUCGGCCCACCGAGUCCGCGCCGACCAGCGUUCCCCGCACACCAACACUAUCCUACGCACACUCGGAACAAGAUACAAUUUUACCGAGCCAAUUAACCUACAAACAUGCACCUCGUCAGGGUGUGGGAGGAAACCGGAGCACCCGGAGAAAACCCACGCAGUUCACGGGGAGAGCGUACAAACUCCGUACAGACAGCGCCCGUAGUCGGGAUCGAACCUGGGUCUCAGACGCUGUAAGGCAGCGAUUUUACCCCUGCACCAUCAAACCGCAGAGGUGACGUCUCGGGUCGAGACCCUUCUUCAGACUGAGAGUCAGGGGAGAGGGGAAGGGGAGAUAAAGACGCUACUUUGGACAAAUGAAUGGAAGAUGUCCAAGAAGCAAACUCAGUGAAAGACGGAGCCCAUAAUGGUCAUGCCUCCAGAGUUGCUGCCUGAGCCGCUGAGUUACUCCAGCUUUUUGUUAGUCUUCUGAUUGUCAGCUCACUCCACUUUCUCAUCCUCCUUCCACUCCUCACAAAUAAGAUACCUCGGCCUUUGAUGUUUAAAGCCCCAUCCGUAAAAACUCUCAAGAACGUCUGAGGGAAGAUAUUCAUAAGGCCAUAAUGAAUAGGAGUAGAACUAGGCCAUUCGGCCCAUCACGUUUACUCCACCAUUCAAUGAUGGCUGACCUAUCUCUCCCUCCUAACCACAAAUACCUGCCUUCUCCACCACCUCUGACACCCGUUACUAAUCAAGAAUCUAUCAAUCACUGCCUUAAAAAUAUCCACUGACUUGGCCUCCGCAGACUUCUGUGGCAAAGAAUUCCACAGAUUCACCACCCUCUGACUAAAGACAUUUCUCCUCAUCCCCUUCCUAAAAGAACGUCCUUUAAUUCUGAGGCUUUGACCUCUCCCACUAGUGGAAACAUCCUCUCCACACCCACUCUAUCCAAGCCUUUCACUAUUCUGUACAUCUCAAUGAGGUCCCCCCCCCUCUCAUUCUUCUAAACUCCAGCGAGUACACGCCCUGGGCCGACAAACGCUCAUCGUAGGUUAACCUACUAAUUCCUGGGGUCGUUCUUGCAAACCACCUCUGAGAAAUCUCCAGAGGCAGCUCAUCCUUCCUCCGAUAUUUACUCAUUCAUUCGUCGUCAUUGAAACGGGAACAGUGAUGGAUGCACCACUCCUCCCCGUCCUCCAGUUCCUGCCGACAUCUGCCGCUGGAAGUAUCGGAUGUUGGUGUGUGUGUGUGUUCUUCAUCAUCAUUCCUUACAGUGCUAUGUACAACAGUGAUCGCAACUUCUACUGAAGUGUGGAAGGCCCUAUGGCUCGCUCGGAGCUCAUCCGCCCUCAGAUACAGUGCCCCAAAAUUCACAAUAUUCCAAAUGCAGCAUGACCAGCAACUUAUAGUCCUCCUCAUCUCCACAUUGAAUGAGUGGUCUCUUAUUCCCGAAACCCUGACCCUGGUUCUGAAUUCCAUCCCCAGAGAAAACAUCUUCUCAGCAUCUACCCUGUCAAUGCUAAUCACCUCGAGAAUCAGUUACUGUUGCUGGAAUAAUUUCAACAGCUCCACAUGAACCAGGAAUGUGUUGUUUCAAUAUGCUCUUGGUAACAUUAUACUGACCAAUCUGAACAAGUGCCAAUGACAAUGUGUUUCUAGAUUAUGUAUUGAUUAUGUAAUUUUUCUAUGACUGUCUAACUGAUUAAACCACUGGUUCUAAUUUA